CACCCUAAUCCAUCGCCAAACUCGAACAGCUGAUCCAUGGUUUUUGUGGGUGUAAGCAUAGGAGGAAUCACUAGAAUUAUCAACUCAGCAGCAUGUCCACAAAUCCUUUUGGAGAUGAUCAUGAUGAGGAUAGCGAAAUUCUGGAAGGCUUCAUCUGUCCAAUAUGCCGCGAAGACUUGAAAUCUUUGGAGUUCCUUAUAUCGCAUUUUGAACGACAACAUCCCGAAGAUGACGACCUAAAAACAACAUUCCGUGAAAUAUUUAGUAAGGCUAAGAAAAAACUAAAAUCCAAUUUUGAGGAAACCUUUGAUUUGUCACGUAAUUUCGAACGAAAUGCAUCGAUAUCACGUAGUGGUGGUGGCGGUGCAUCAGCCAACAGCGAAGAACGACGGAGUAACGCUCGUUCCCGCAUGAAUUGUUUUAAUUUUAUGGACUAUCAAGAUGUGGGUAGGGAACAACAGCAUAUGGAUCUAUUUCAGUCGGUGAGAAAUCCGCGGUUGGAACGUUAUGCCAGUGAAACAAAUAAACUGAUAAUACGUCUGCACAAAUUGCUAAAAGAUAUGCCCACAGAUGCCGUCCUGCGUAAGCAACAUGAACAAAAUAUUGUGCCAUGGCUGGAUGGUAGUUCGGUGAAAUUAUGUCCCAACUGUGCCAAAAGUUUUAACAUUACCAGACGAAAGCAUCAUUGCCGCAUUUGUGGUAGUAUUAUGUGUCAUGACUGUUCCAAAUUUUUAUCCAUUGAAGUUGCAAUGGAAUUGGCAAGCCUUACAAUGUCCCAAAGUGAACCACUCAAAAUGCCUAAUGAAAAAGGUGCACCGGGUACAUCGACUCCCCAACCAAAUGCAAUACGAUCUUGUGACCAUUGUCUAUGGUUAUUGGAAACCAGACAAGAGAUGCACGAAAGUCGUACUUGUCGUCCACCUAUAACUCAAAUCUAUAACGAUAUCCAACAGCUUAAGAAAAAAGUAAUGCCUGAUAUUGAAAUGUAUUUAAAAAUCGUAAAUAGCCUGUAUGAAGGUGAAUCAAUAUUUACUCUUAACGAUGCAAGUGCUUUACGUGGAAAAAUUGGACAAAUUGCCGAAGCCAUAGAUAUUUUGAGUAAACGUAUUUUGGCAUUACCCUGUGAACCGGGAACCCGAGAAGAGAGUCUUAAAAAAUCCAUACGUUUAUCUUGUAUACAACUGAUAAAAGAAAAUAUGCUUUCACUGCCGCCACUGCCCAAGGAAGAUGAAAUACGUCAGAUACAAGAACGUAAACGCAUGGAAACGGAAAUGCGUAUUGCCACUGAGCGAAGACUAGCCAUGGAGGCGUAUGAAAAGUAUGGUUUGGCAAAUGCCAGUGCGGAUCAGAGCAUAAAAUCAGGGGAUUAUGCCCAGGGUACUGAUUUACAAUCUCUGGAUAACUGGACAGCCCAUCAAAUACGCAACGAAGAUUUGGUACAAAGUGAUGAUCCAUUGGUGGAACAAAUCAAUAUUAUUAAGGGUUAUAUUAAACAAGCAAGGCAAGAUUUAAAUUUUGAAGUUGUUGAAACAUUGGAGAUGAAUCUGCGAGAAUUGCAAAAGGAAUUCUACGAACGCCAAAGAUCAUUGAGUAAAACGGCAAAUACACCAACCGAUGACAAUGAAGCUUUGUCAGCAAAUAAUUAAAUGGCAGGUGCAUGGAAGAAAAAUUAUAUUUAUAUGCAGAUCAUGGCCUAUAUAAGUUCGGCCAGAAAACCCAUCUAACAUCCAAGUUUGAUGUCAAAAGACAUAAUUGUGAGUUGAAAUUCAAAGAAUCCAAUAAGAAUUCUUGGCCGUCUUUGUGUAGGCCUUGAUGCAGACCUCCUGAUAUAUUCGUCGACAAAAUGUCCUCUCUUUAUAUUUUAUACAUUUACAUAUUGAUGUUGAAAUGGUAAAAUAGUGUCGCCCACUUUAGUAUAUAACAAACAAAUGCUUUUGUUGUUUGUAGUAGAUCCUUUGUGAUAUAUAGAGAAUCGUAUACUUUGAAUUUCACAAAUUUUAGUUUGGUUUUCCCCCCAGCUUUACUAUUUAUUUACACGUGUAGUGUAGUAUGAUUUAAGACUUAUAUCUAAUAAAUGCAUUUUAUUUUCGGCAAAUAA